CAAGGAUUUUACAUGUUUUUAUUAACCUUUAAGAUUGCAUGCUUCUAAACAGUGGUAAAGUCUUGCUUCCGCCCCUUGUAACCCCCAACUCCCAUCCUCAAGGGAAAAUAGAUAAGAAUAUGGCUCCAGAGAUUCCAUUCUCUCAUAUUCUACCAUUACAGGUACCAGGACUGUUUUCCAAUCAAGAGUUUGACCGCCGUAUUUCAAAUGUUCGUCAGCAUAUGUUGCAAGAGAACAUUGAAGCGUGUGUGUUCACAUCUUACCAUAACAUUAACUACCUCUCUGGCUUCCUCUACUGCAAGUUUGGACGUGACUAUGGUCUCGUUGUAACACAGGAUGACUGUACAGUACUCUCCGCUGGUAUUGAUGCUGGUCAGCCAUGGCGUCGUUCAAGUGCAAGUUGCGAUAGCCUCACAUAUACAGACUGGCAAAGGGAUAAUUUCUUUUAUGCUGUGGUAUCAAAACUUCCAGGCAUCAAGGGUCGUGUUGGGUUAGAAUUCGACGACGUUACUUUGGAUAAUUUCAAGAAAUUCCAAACCGCAUUGCCUAACUGUGAGCUGAAGGAUGUUGGGAUGCCAUGUAUGCAAAUGAGAAUGAUCAAAUCUGAAGAAGAAAUCAAUGUGAUUCGUGAGGCAGCUAGGAUUGCUGAUAUAGGUGGGGCUGCAGUAGUUGAUGCAAUUGAUGUUGGUGUGCCUGAGUAUGAAGUGGCUAAUGCUGGCACAACUGCGAUGAUCCGUGAAAUUUCAAACUCAUUCCCAAAUGUGGAUCUCCUGGAUA